UAUCUUCUCGCAACAAUGGACGCUUCGGUGGUGAGAUUUUCCCAAUCUCCGGCAAGACUGACGCCGGAAUUUGAACCAGAUAUUGAGAAAAUUAAACGGAGGUUGCUCAAGUACGGGGUUGAUCCAACCCCUAAAAUCCUGAACAAUCUCCGAAAGAAAGAAAUUCAAAAACACAACCGUAGAACCAAGCGCGAAACCGAGUCCGAGGCGGAGGUGUAUACGGAGGCGCAGAAACAAUCUAUGGAAGAAGAAGCUCGUUUCCAAACCCUAAAGCGGGAAUAUAAGCAAUUCACGAGGACAAUUUCGGGAAAAAGUGGCGGCGAUGGUGGAAGAAUUGACGGUGGUUUAAUGGUUGGGAAUCCAUGGGAAGGAAUCGAGAGAGUGAAGCUGAAGGAGCUCGUUAGUGGUGUCAGGAGAGAAGAGGUUAGUGGUGGUGAACUGAAAAAAGAGAAUCUAAAAGAGCUUAAGAAGAUACUCGAGAAGGAUCUUCGUUGGGUUCUUGAAGACGACGUUGAUGAUGUGGAAGAGUAUGAUAUGGACAGAGAAAUUGAUCCUGCGAAGCGGUGGCGCAACGAAGGAGAAGCAGUCAGGGUUCUUGUUGAUAGAUUGAGUGGUAGAGAAAUCACUGAGAAGCAUUGGAAGUUUGUGAGGAUGAUGAAUCAAUCAGGCCUUCAGUUUACUGAGGAUCAGAUGCUUAAGAUUGUUGAUCGAUUGGGACGUAAACAGAGCUGGAAACAAGCUUCCGCCGUCGUUCACUGGGUUUAUUCUGAUAAGAAGCGUAAACAUCUUAGGAGCAGGUUUGUUUACACCAAGCUUUUGUCCGUUCUUGGGUUUGCGAGGAGGCCUCAGGAAGCUCUUCAGAUAUUCAAUGAGAUGCUUGGUGAUCGCCAGUUAUAUCCUGAUAUGGCGGCAUACCACAGUAUUGCUGUAACACUUGGGCAAGCGGGUUUAUUGAAGGAGUUGCUGAAAGUAAUUGAGCGCAUGAGGCAGAAACCGCCGAAACUAAUGAAGAAUUUGCGCCAAAAGAACUGGGAUCCUGUGCUUGAACCCGACUUGGUUGUGUACAAUGCUAUUCUGAACGCUUGUGUUCCGACACUCCAGUGGAAGGCUGUUACAUGGGUAUUUGUAGAGUUAAGAAAAAAUGGUCUGAGGCCUAAUGGUGCUACAUAUGGGCUUGCAAUGGAGGUUAUGCUGGAGUCAGGGAAGUAUGAUCGUGUUCACGAUUUUUUUAGGAAGAUGAAAAGCAGUGGCGAAGCUCCAAAAGCAAUUACAUAUAAGGUUCUUGUCCGAGCUCUCUGGAGAGAAGGCAAAAUCGAGGAAGCUGUUGAAGCAGUCAGAGAUAUGGAACAAAAGGGAGUUAUAGGAACGGGUUCAGUUUACUAUGAAUUGGCAUGCUGUCUGUGCAACAAUGGGCGUUGGCAUGAUGCAAUGCUUGAGGUGGGGAGGAUGAAAAGACUUGAAAAUUGCAAGCCGCUCGAGAUUACCUUCACAGGACUCAUAGCGGCUUCAUUGAACGGUGGUCAUGUUGGUGAUUGCAUGGCUAUAUUCCAAUAUAUGAAAGAUAGAUGUGACCCAAAUAUAGGAACAGUGAACAUGAUGCUUAGAGUUUACGGAAGGAACGAUAUGUUUUCAGAAGCUAAAGAAUUGUUUGAAGAAAUUGUUAGCAGAAAAGAGACUCAUCUAGCUCCAAACGAGUAUACAUACAGCUUCAUGCUUGAAGCUUCAGCUAGAUCACUGCAAUGGGAAUACUUUGAGCAUGUGUAUCAGACGAUGAUUCUUUCUGGUUACCAAAUGGAUCAAACAAAACACGCACCCAUGCUUAUAGAAGCAUCAAGAGCCGGAAAGUGGAGUCUUCUAGAACAUGCCUUUGAUGCGGUUCUUGAAGAUGGAGAAAUCCCUCAUCCAUUGUUCUUCACUGAACUGUUGUGUCAUGCAACAGCUAAAGGUGAUUACCAAAGAGCCAUCACACUGAUUAACACUGUGGCUCUCGCAUCUUUCCAGAUCAGUGAAGAAGAAUGGACUGACCUUUUCGAGGAGCAUCAAGACUGGCUUACUCAAGAGAAUCUUCAGAAACUCUCUGACCAUCUCCUUGACUGUGAUUAUGUAAAUGAACCAACGGUCUCAAACCUCUCGAAGUCAUUGAAGUCUCUAUGUGGGUCUUCUUCUUCUUCAACACAACCAUUGUUAGCCAUAGAUGUACCAACACCAAGUCAGAGCGAGACACUGGAGGCAGAUUUGCUUCUUCAAGAUACAACAAUGGAAAAUGAUAAUGAAGCUUGGGAAUUUACGAAGACUGAACUCGAAACAUUGGGUCUAGAAGAACUCGAGAUUGAUGAUGAUGAAGAAUCUAGCGACUCUGAUUCGCUUUCAGUUUAUGAUAUUCUGAAAGAAUGGGAAAAAAGUAGUAAGAUAGAGACUUGAAAAUGCUUGUAAAUUUUCUCAAAAGCUUUGAUAUAAUUUCGCUAUUAUCUUUCAACCAAUGAAACAAAAUCUUAAUUUACUUAUUCAUCUCUC